AUGGAUGAGCAAGACUCAGCUGGCCCGGAAGCAGGAAGAGGACACGCCCUGGAAACUGGGAGCAGUGGGGGAUUGCGUGAAAACUCCAUGCAGAAGAUCCUGGGUGAGGAGGACACCCUUUCCUCAGAGGUGCAGAGCCAGCAGCUCAGGCAGUUCUGCUACCGGGAGACUGAAGGACCCCGAGAGGUUUGCAGCCAAUUCUACCACCUUGACCAUCAGUGGCUGAAGCCAGAAAGGCACACGAAAGCUCAGAUGUUGGACCUGGUGAUCUUGGAGCAGUUCCUGGCUGUCCUUCCUCUGGAGAUGGAGAGCUGGGUGAGGGAAUGCGGAGCGGAGACCAGUUCCCAGGCGGUGGCCCUGGCCGAAGGUUUCCUCCUGAGUCAGGCAGAGGAGAGGAAGCAGGCAGAGCAGCAGGUGAGAGAGACUUUCCUCUGGAUACUCCCAAGGGGCUCCAAAGAGGAGGGAGAGUAUUCCCAAAUCAAUUCCUAAUGGCCCAUCCUUUUUUGGAAAGCAUAUUAUUAUUAUUAUUUAUGACACCCAUGUGGCUGGGUGCCUUCCAGCACAUAUAAAAGCAUAAGAAGACAUCAGAUGUCUUCUAAAAGUUAGGCAUUUUCUUAUCUCCUUAUCACCUGAUGGGAGGGCAUUCCCCAGGGUGGGUCCCACUGUGGAGAAGGUCUUCUGCCUGGUUCCCUGUAACUUCACUUAUCACAGUGAGGGAACAGCAGAAGACCCUCGGAACUGGACCUCAGUUCAUGGAGACGCUCCUUUGGGUAUACUGGGCCUUUGAGGCCAACACUUUGAAUUGUGCUGGGAAACGUUCUGGGAGCCAGUGAAGAUCCUUGAGGACCAAUGUUUCAUGGUCCUGGCAGCCAACCCCAGACACCAGUCUAGCAGAAGCAGGAAGCAGCUUUCACCUCUGUCCCCGAAAGCGCUUGCCUCUGCCAUUCCUUCUCUAACCCUUCUCCCCAUUCUCUGUUUUGAAUCCUUGUUGCUCUUUCAGAGGAAGGAUCUUUUGGCAGAAAGGGGUCUUGAUUCUUCUGAGGCAGAGAAGACUCCGCUGGACGCCAGAGUGAGGCCUCUGGGUAAGGAGGAAGGAGUGUUUUCUCCCCCGUUUUGUCACAUUCUCUUGGUUUUGAAACUAAUCUGUGAUUUCUUUGCAUCUUUUGGGGGAAGACACCUGGAGCCCAGAGCUCAGGGGGGGAGAGAUGUAUUUUUGCACAACGAUUAUAUGACAUGGGUACAAAUGUACAAAUGUACUCAGCAGGGGAGACGUUUAUGAUAGUAAUUUGAUUAGUUUACAAUUACAGUCCAAUAAUAGCCUCCUUAUAACAAUGCGAAAUUACAAUACAAUUACUAAUACCAAUCUUAUACAAAAUUAUAUAAUAUAGGUGGCCCCCCGCAUGCUAAAACCGAUGGUUUGAUGAUUUUCUUGAUUUCUCCAUUCCAAAAUCUUAUUAAUUUCAAUUACACUCCUGUCAAAAUAACAAUCCUUUAUACAACAACUGCAGUAUUAAUGACUUCCAUUCGUAUGGAAACAUCAAAUAAUAUAUAAAACUACAAGUGAGGCACUCCAGUGAUAUCCUUAUUCUUCCCGUGUGUGGCAAUCUUUCUGUUCGUGAUAUUUCUUCCUGUCCUUGUAAAAUGUUCUGUCUAUCUUUUCCUGGUUGUUGCUGUUCUCCAUCAUUCCUUGGACGGAGCUAAUAUCCCAUUGUGGUUUCAGAAAUUCUCCAUCGCUCUGUCCUGUGCUUCGUUGUUUGGCAACUUUAACAGCAGCUGCAAAAAUCACACUAUCCCAAUAAAUAAUCAGUUUUUGCCAUUUUUCUUCUACACCUGGGAAAGAGAGGGAUCUGUCAGAAUUGCAAAUGACUCAGUAAUGAACCUUAUCAGCUCCCUCACAUUUAUCCAAUUAGAUUAAAUUCCAUGUCCUUUUAGCAUUAAUCAGUUCAGUCUGUAUAUAAUACAGGAUGGGGAAGAGUCACCUCUAAUUUUCCAUCGCAAACAUUUUGCAAAAUAGAGCUUCCCUCCCUUUUUCCUUUUUUUCCCCACGCACAGUUCCAUUUGAUGUUAUAUUCCAUAUCUGCAGUCCAGUUUCAUCCCUGCUCACCUGUACAUAGAUAUUUUCAACUAGUAUUCAAUCGCAGGCUACCAAUUCAUUAAUGUAGAGAAGAAAACUUUAUAUAAAGAAGCCAUAGGCUCCCCUCCCCCCACUCACUGUCUUUUGCAGCAAAUGAAGUUUAUUCUCAAAUUCAAACCUUAAAGACCUUGCAGCUGGUUCAAUUCCACAGUUUAUGAUCUCAUCUCUUCCAGCAACGCCUGUACAUUAGUCCAAAUUGAGCUCUAAUUGACAGGAGAACCUCUGGUUCUUAAUGGCAGCGAAGGAGGGUUUUCGGCAGGCGAAGGGCUUUUGCACUCAGCGCCUCCCUGCCUCUCGCAAUCCAUGCCGGAGCCGGAACCUGGUACCGAGACAAACUGGGAGUGAAGCCCGUUCCCCCCUGUCCCUGGGGGAACUUGCAAGGAGAAUUACCCUCAGUCAUCCUUGUUUUUCCUUUGCCAACGAUCUCCCGCUGCCUCCAUUAAAGCAGAGCGGAACCGGAAGCUAGCAGGGGAGACUUGGACAAGCCCCAUCUGUACUUAGAGAUGCACUGUUUCACCUCUGAGAGAAGCAGGCGCUCACGGUUUCCACUUUCCUUGGUCUCUCCCAGGUGACGGAAUGAUGCCACCAAGACCUGCUCCUUCAUCUUUUCAUGGUGGUGGAGGAGGCAGCAGCUGUGGACCCAGAUCAGGUAGGGGAAGGAGCCUUGUGGGGAAGGACUGCUUGGAUGCAGACUGGCUGGACACAGUUGGAUGCAGAGGAAUGGUGGGAGGAGCCAGAGAAGAGGGAGCCGACUGGGAGGAGGAGGAGGAGGGGUCUGAAGCUGGAGAGGGAAGAGGGCUCAGGGAGCAGAGGGAGUCUGUGGCAGAGAGCAGCCCAGACUCCGAGGCAGAAGCUGCAGCAGGAGAGAGGGAUGAGGAAGGCAGAGAGGGGUCUGGCCGCUGUAGAAAACAACAGAGCCAAGUGAAUGUUCUCUAAGAGGACAGCCUUUUUCCUGUUCUGUUAGGGUCCAGUGUGCUUUGA